AUGACCUUACGAAGCUUGAUCCUGGAGAUGCGCUCGAGGCCGCAUCGCGUGGUGCACGACCUUGCCGCCGCCGCCGCUGCCGCUGCCGCAGACUCGACUCCUGGCUCAUCGGAAGCUCAUCGCUGGUCAGAGAUCCCAGAAGAGCUUUUAAGGGAGAUUCUGAUUAGGGUCGAGGCGGCUGACGGUGGCGAAUGGCCGUCGCGACGCAGCGUGGUGGCUUGCGCCGGAGUCUGCCGGGGCUGGCGACUAGUAAUGAACGAAACUGUCACUGUCCCUGAGAUCUCUUCUAAAUUGACUUUCCCCAUCUCUCUCAAGCAGCCUGGCCCAAGGGACUCUCUGGUUCAGUGCUUCAUCAAACGCAAUAGAACUACGCAGUCAUAUCAUCUGUAUCUCGGAUUAACCAACUCUUUAACGGAUGAUGGGAAGUUUCUGCUAGCUGCUUGUAAGUUGAAGCACACAACUUGCACUGACUAUAUUAUCUCUUUGCGUUCUGAUGAUAUGUCGAGGAGAAGCCAAGCCUAUGUUGGCAAAGUGAGAUCGAACUUCCUAGGAACAAAAUUCACCGUCUUUGACGGAAAUCUGCUGCCAUCAACGGGAGCCGCGAAGCUGAGAAAGAACCGAUCAUAUAAUCCGACAAAAGUUUCGCUAAAAGUUCCUCUUGGAAGCUACCCUGUCGCUCAUAUCACAUACGAGCUGAACGUCUUAGGAUCCAGGGGGCCAAGAAAGAUGCAAUGUGUGAUGGAUACAAUACCUACAAGUGCAAUGGAGCAUCGAGGACUAGCUUCACAACCAUCAGAGUUUCCCUUCCUCGGUACGCGGUCAACUUUUUCCAGGUCUCAGUCAAGACCGUUACUACGCAGCGGCUCGAGCCACUUGAAAGAGCCACCGUUAGUGCUGAGCAACAAGACACCACGGUGGCACGAGCAGCUACGUUGCUGGUGCUUGAAUUUCCAUGGCCGUGUCACAGUGGCUUCAGUGAAGAACUUUCAGCUGGUGGCAGCGCCGGCUAGCUGUGGCGCGAGAUUGUCACCGGAGACGCAGAACGAGCGGAUAAUACUGCAGUUUGGGAAAGUCGGGAAAGAUAUGUUCACGAUGGAUUAUGGAUACCCUAUCUCUGCUUUCCAGGCUUUUGCCAUUUGCUUGAGCAGCUUUGAGACUAGAAUCGCUUGUGAAUGA